UGACAGCAGUGCCCGAACAUUGCCGAGUGGCCCACUGAGCCCAAUCUCUAACGGAGAAUAGGAGUAUCGCCCCGGCGGACAGUUGCGGUAGCCCUCUGGCUCGGAUAUUCCUCAUUUACUGGAUUUGUACACCACAGAUAAAUUCCGGGAUGCCUUCAAAUAAAAAUAUCCAAGGAGGGAAAGCCUUUGGACUGUUAAAGGAGCAGCAGAGGCAAAAAUUGGAAGAAAUAAACCAGGAAUACCUGGAAGACCAGAAAUACAGGGAUGAAGAAGACCUGGCGGAAAAACUGGAAGGCCUCAAAAAUAAAUAUUCGGAGUUUGACCUGAAUGACCAAGGAGAGAUUGAAAUGAUGGGUCUGAAGCGAAUGAUGGAGAAGCUGGGGGUGCCCAAGACCCACUUGGAGUUGAAAAAGAUGAUCGUUGAGGUGACGGGUGGCAGCAGCAACACUAUCAACUACAGGGACUUUGUCAAGAUGAUGCUCGGAAAGCGCUCAGCUGUGCUCAAACUAGUCUUGAUCUUUGAGGACAAAGCCAACGGCUCUCCCUGCAAGCCAGAAGGACCCCCUCCAAAACGGGACAUUGCUAGCCUGCCUUAAGUGUAGACGUCAGCCUCCGGACUGCUAGUGGAGCAGAGGGACCAUCCGUGGUUGCGUGAAAAUUGAGUCGUUCUCUUAACAUGUGGAGUGUUGUAUUAGUGUGGGACCAGUGAUUAAGGAUGUUAUUUUGUGAUAUACGGUGUGUGCAAGGUGUCUGUCAUUUGGAAGACUGAGCCCCCAACUCACUAAAUGAUGUUUGACUGUGAAUAUUAUCCUUCAUCUUUUUUUAUUUUUAUUUUUUUCCCUAAUUAAAAUGUAGCAUUGAUAGUUGUUAAUCUGCUUGAGAAAUUAAAUUUUGUAGUAAAUGUUUCAUGGUUAUGUUUUAAGGGAAGAUGUUUUUCCUUCCUUUGUUUCGUUUUUUUUUUUUUUUUUUUUGGGACACAUUCAUUCUAAUGUGAGAGUAGGAUGCUUUCGGAGAAGCACAAGGAAAAGAAGCAGUUUUUCCAACUCAUUUUUGCACUGUCCUCAGUGGUCUUGGAUGGAUUCCCGCCAGGCUAAUCUUGGUCAGUGUCUCGCUUUAGAUCAGGUGCCAGAGAUUACAGGCCCAGCCCAUUUCCUCUGGGUCGGAAUACUGAUCUGGAAUCAGUAACUAGGUUAUCAUGGCCGCCUCACGAUCUGAAAAACAUUUACAUUUUUCGUAGAUGACUGUACUGCUAUGUAAUACUCACUCACACUAGACAAGAAUAAGAGAUCAUGUUGACCAUGGGGCUUUCAGUUUCAGUAUGGGGCUUAAGGAAUAGUAAAUCCGACUCAGUUUUAGAUCUGUAAGGUUAAGCACAUGUUAGUUUUGGAAGGAGUGUGAUUUACAGGCACACAAACUCAACAAAUGUACAUAAUAUACUACACACAGUACAAUCAUAUUCUUUCCAAGUGCCUCAACAUGCAGAUACUGUAGAGCUUAAACACAGAUUGAAAAUGGAGGGAGUGCACAGUGUUCAGUUCAAGCAGUCCUCUCAGCUCACUAAUUCCAGAAAUCCAUGAAAUAAUGUUCUUUGUUAUUUGGUAAGAUAGUUUUAAUGAUGUUUGAAUUAUAUUGAUAUGGUGUUUCCACAACAUUCUGAGUGAGUGUAUUUUUAAAUGUAGUUUGUUUUCCCUUCUCUUACAAUUAUUUUUUUACGUCACAGCAAGUGUUUAACCUGUUUAUUGAGUGAUUUUUAAAAAAGCUGUUUAGGUUAAUCCAUACUUGUCUUGCAAUUCAUAUGUGUGGUAUUAAUUUCUCUUUGUCUUGGAUUUUACUUUCUCCCCCAUAUUUUUUUCACCAGCCAGCCAUCCCUUUCUAUUUAACCGGGUUCAUUGUCCUGUGAAUUCUGUAUUUUGUGCCUCAGUGUUUGUCCCUCCAGUUUAAAUUUUCCUGUAUCUCACACAAUUUACUGUGAAUUUGGUACUUGUAAUAUUUUUAACCCACUUAACAUGUUUUAAACUAUUAUGUUGAUACCUGAUGGGUACAUUACAUCUUUUAAUGUUGUUAAGAUGCACAUUGUUUGCCGACACCAAAGGAAUUAAAAUUCUUCUUACACUGGCCUGGUUAAGUUUUGAAUUGUUUUAUUGCUGUAAUGGAGAUCUUGUUUGGGUGAAAGAUUACGAGUUGAACAGGUUUUAAUUGGCAGAGUGUACUGUUUAAUUGUGGUUAAAUGGUAGUUCACUAGUCAACCUGUGUUUGUUUGGAACACAUUUCCACUAUUGUGUUUAUAGCAGGAGACGACAUACUACACUGAGAGGGACCUUUAACCAUAAAUGCAGUAAUGCUUUUCCUUGUACGCUGAAAGCUGACAAAGGUUACAAAGAACUCCACAGUCAUAAAUAUUAGCUGUCCAUCAGGCUACGGGUCACAUUAUAACACAUCUUUUGCCGUCAGUGCUGAAAGAUUCAUCUUCCAGUUCGUUCUCAAAUGGAGAUAUAACUGUGUGUGGGAAUCUUUGUUUCAUUGUAAUAAUGCUUUCAUUUCAUAUUUUUCCCAUCUUCUUUUUCCAUGUUGCUUAAUGUAUGUGCAGCUGUAUACAUACAUACUCUUGAGCAAUAAAAUGUUUUCAUGAAAAAGUAAA